AUGCAGAAUGUUCAACGCAAAUUUGGUAAAUUGAUGAAGCGGUCUGCCGAUGGGGCAGACGUAGGUGGCAUCCUUAGUGAAUUCAACACGGCCGAUGCAGCUCUUGCCAGCUUUAUUGAAGCAACAAAAUCAUGGCGCAAUGCUUGGGACGAAACACUGAACACACAACUUUACGUUGCUGAAACAUUGCAUCUGCUGUACAAGCCGAUCGAAGUCGAGGAAGACCCGGAUAAUCCCAAUCAGCAGAAGCCGGCACCAACUCCGCGAAGAUACUUGGACAAAGCCAGUGACCUGCAUUCUAUCUACGCAAAUCUAGGGAAGGACUUAAGCACGGAGAUCAAUUCAAUUGAACCGAGACUACUGAGACCUGCGAUGGAUGCUAAGGACUCUCUCAAGAUGCUCAAAAAAUCUAUCAAACGCCGAGAGGAUCUCAAGCUUGAUUAUGAACGCUACAACUCACGCGCCGACAGUGUCCGACGCAAAGAGACGAGAUCCGCAAGAGAAGAAACUGCUUUGAUGAAGCACGAGAAUGACCUUGCACGGUGUAGCGCAGACUACCAAGCUGCUGACGAACAGCUCAAGAGCGUAUUGCCUCCUGUGUUAGAUGCUCUCUCAAGCCUUCUCACAGAUCUGCUCGCGAUUCAGAUCAUGAUACAGUACCAGCUCGUGGGCCAGAUGUAUACCCAACUACACGAGUACUGUCAGACCCAUAGGCUGCCUUCGCCUUCUCCAGCACUCGAGCAGGUGGUGUCAACGUUCGAAGCAGAGUUCACACCAUUCCGUGAAGAUCUUGAGCACAACAUCAGGACUCUCUCAAACGGCAAAGCCAUACAUCAACCAAUGAGUCUCCCGGAUAAGGAGCAAGGCACGGUCACUGGACUUGGACUUCGCAACAACUUUGCAAAAAGAACUGGUAGUCAUGGUUCACUACCCAAGCCUAGUAUGCCCGGAAUGUUGCGCAUCGGCUCUGGGUCAGGUGCCGGGUCCGGAAGAAGUGAGGUCGAGGAAGAAGCAGCACCAGUGAAGCCACCAAGGCCUGGUCGCAUAUCUUCCAGCACUAGACUGCACUCGCACUACGAGAACACGGCUACGCUAAAUUCGCAGUAUGAGGACGAAGAGGCACCUCCAGUGAAGCCACCUCGACCUGGAGCAGCUCCUAAUGUCGAUAUGGGAAGCAAGCCACGGAUUCCUUCCUUCUCCAAAGCCACACCUGUGGCUACGCCAGACGGGUACACGAAUGGUGGGGCAGCUUCUCGGACGUACUCAGCUACAAGCACACCUAGCUCGACAUCGACACCGUUCCUCACACCGUCUUCGACACGCCAGAGUCAAGGAUCAGACUACUUCAGUCGAGAGCGUAAGGCUUCUACGUCCUCAGGGACGUUCAGCGUCGCAGGCAAGAAGAAGCCCCCACCACCUCCUCCAAAGAAGAGGAUUCCGUCAUCACAAGGUCAAUAUGUAACGGCUGUGUAUGACUUUGGCGGACAGGGUGAGGGAGACUUGUCUUUCAGGGAAGGAGACAGGAUCAAGGUGGUGAAAAAGACAGGGUCGACAGAUGACUGGUGGGAAGGAGAAGCGAAUGGAAUGGUUGGCAGUUUCCCAGCGAACUAUGUCAAGCUGGAUUAG